CUUAUCGAAGAGCCUCCUCUGGCUUCGCUGCUGUGUGGCUCUACUUCUCCGCCCAGAACUGACAACCCCAUCUCUAAUCCUCACGAGAGAUAUAUACAAACAGAGAACCCCAAACAGAUAGACAGAUAGAUAGAUAGAUAGAUAGAUAGAUAGGAGAAACACAGAAGAAGAAGAAUAAACCCUAAACCCCCUCUUCUUCAAUGGAUAAUCCUGUUUCUCUAUCUACUACUCAAUUAAACCCCCCUUCUGAAGAAGAAGAUGUAAAGGAAGAAUCUUUAUCACAAUUGAAAAAUACAUCAUCAGGUAUAUCUUCUUCUUCUUCUUCUGUUGCUGCUUUACCAAUAAGAGCUCCUUCAUCAUUUGAUUCUGAUGUUGAUAAUAAUCAAACUCGUAUUAAAAUCAAUGGUACCAAUACUAGUCUUAAAGUAGCAAAUAUUGGUUUUGUUGAUAGUGAUAGUGAUAUUGUUCUUUCUUCUUCUGAUGAUGAAGAAGAAGGUUUUCUGAGUGGAGAAGAUGAAUUUGGAAUUACUUCUUCUGAUAGAAAUUUUCUUGCAGACCCAGAUGAAAAAACCCUAGAUAUGCUACUGGGUACACAAAAGAUUGUUCCUUUUGUAGCCCCACAGCCUGUUUUUGUUGGUUCUUCUUCUUCGUUGGUUGAUGACAAGGUAUUUGUUCCACCUAAAGCUUUGUUAUCUGGUGAUGACGAUGAGGAUGAUGAGGGUUUUGUUAGUGGUUUAGAUGAGGAUGAUGAAGGGUUAUCCGAUGUUUCUAAUGUAGUGACUUCUGUUAAAAUUCCUUCGGUUGAGUCAUCGAUGAUACCAAAAGCAUUGGUUUCUGGUGAAGACGAUGUUGUUCCCGAUAAGGUUGAUUCUGAGGUUUCUAGUAUUGCUAUGGUUCCAAGUGUCAUUGAGAAGACUAAGGUUGCUGAAGAGAAUAUCUCACCCGAGGUAGUGGUUUCGAGUUCUGUGGAAAUGAUUGUUCCUGUUGUCACUGAGGCAGCCCCUAUAGAGUCCUCAGUGGUUAUUACAGAAGAUACAUUGCUCAAAGACACUAAAUCCGACGAAGUUGACGUUUCUCCACCCGAGGAGGAAGUGAAGGAAUCUAAAGAUGUGUUUGCAGUGGAGAAGAAAAUCGAUGUUCAGGAAUUGGUUACCGAAACUAAAGAUUCUCUAGAAGUGAGAGAAAAUGGGGUUUCUGAUGUACCGGCUCAAAGCAGUGUAGGAGCAGAUAGUGGGGAUAGUCAAAGCGGUGUUGAAGAGUUAGUAAAGUCUGUCUUUCCUGUAGAAGUUAAAGAUAUUAAUGCAUCAAAUCCUGAGGAUUCUAAUGUUGAAACGAAACAGCCGAUUCUGGUGGAGUUGGAAAAGACUGUUGAUGUCGUGGAAGAUGAUAAAGUUUCUGAGCCUAAAAUUGUCGAGAUUUUGGUUGACAAAGAUGUUAGUUUGGGUAGUCAAUCCGAAAAAGCAGCAGUGGUUGUUGAAGAACUUGUUGAACCAAAGUUGGUCGAAGAUACUGCUGGUGCAAUUGCUGAUGCUCCAAGUAGUCUAAAAAGUGGAGAGAAGGAGAAAGAUGAUGAUGUCGAAAAGAUUGCUGAAGGCGUCCAUGGAAGUGCUUCUAUCGUUCCAGAGGAACUUGAGCCUGAGUUGGAAGCUGAUUCACUAGCCAAGCCAGAGGAACGUGUAGUCGAUGAAGGUACUUAUGGAGUUGAAUCUAAAGCCAGUGUCCUAGUAAAUGGUUUGACUGAGACUCAGAUUGUGGACUCUAUCGUUGCACCUGUCGAGUCCGGUUCAGUUUCAGAGUUGAAGCAUUUAGAUAAUGGUAUUGGAUCCGAGCCCAAAAUUGUUGAGAUUUUGGUUGACAAAGAUGUUAUGUCGGCUAUUCAGUCUGAACCAGCAGCAGUGUUUGUUGAGAAACCUGUUGAACCAAAGUUGGUUGAAGAUAUUAUCGUUGCAAUUGCUGAUGCUCAGAGUAGUCUAGAAAAAGGGGAAAAGGAAAAAGAUGGUGACGACGAAAAGAGUGUCAGAGGCAUCGAUGAAAUUGUUCCCAAGGUUCCUGAGGAACUUAAGCCCGAGGCUGAAACUGUUUUAGGAGCCAAGCUUGAUGAGCGUGUGGUUGAUGAAGCUGCUGCUGGAGUUGAAUCUAAAUCCGGAAAUGGAGUAAAUACUUCGACUGAGACUCAGAUUGUGGACGCUAUCCCUGUCACUGUGGAAUUCAGCUCAGCUACAGAAGGGAAACAUCUUAAUAAUGGUGUUGAAUCCGAAGAAGCAGCAGUGGUUGUUGAAGAACCUGUUGCAAUUGCCGAUGCCCAAAGUAGUCUAGAAACAGGAGAAAACAAGAAAGAUGAUGAUGACGAGAAAAGUGCCGGAGGCACCGAUGGAAGUGUUUCUAGGGUUCCAGAGGAACUUAAGUCUGAGCCUGAAGCUGGUGCAAGAGCCAAGCCGGAUGAACAUGUGCUCGAUGACUCUAAAGCCGACGUUGGAGUAAAUGGCUUGACUGAGACUCAGUCUGGCGAUACCGUCACUGUACCUGCGCAACCUAAAGAUAGAGCUGUUGAAUUGGAAAAUGCGAUUUCAGGUGAUACCGAAUCAACUGAAUCUGCAGUUCCGAGAUCAGUUUUAGCAUUAGAUGGCAAGCAAGAAAGUGAAGAUGAAGUAGAACCUGAACCAAAUUUCACUGAAGAAGAUGAAGAUUCUGCUUCAGAUGAGGGUAACGAAGGUAUAAUGUUUGAUGGUUCUGAAACUGCUGAACAGAUCAUGAAGGAGUUGGAGAGAGCAUCGGGUUCUCACUCAGGUGGGGAUAAUUCUCAGGACUCUUUUCAAAGAAUUGAUGGACAGAUUGUUAUGGAUUCAGAUGAAGAGGUGGAUACUGACGAGGAGGGAGAUGGGAAGGAGCUGUUUGAUUCUGCUGCGUUGGCUGCUCUUCUCAAAGCAGCUACUGGUGCGGGAUCAGAUGGAGGGAAUGUCACAAUCACUGCACCAGAUGGUUCUCGGCUAUUCUCCAUUGAACGUCCGGCUGGAUUAGGUUCUUCUAUGAGGUCUCUGAAACCUGCUCCCAGGACAACUCGUCCAAAUCUUUUCUCCCCCUCAGAUCUCACAGCUGGAGGAGAACCAGAGAACGAAUUAAGUGAGGAAGAAAAGAAGAAGCUGGAGAAGAUACAGCAAAUAAGAGUGAAGUUCUUGAGGCUUGUUCAGAGAUUAGGGCAAUCUCCUGAAGAAUCCAUAGCUGCUCAGGUUCUGUACCGCCUGCUCCUUGCUGCAGGGAGGCAAACCAGUCAAUCGUUUAGCCUUGAUGCUGCUAGGAGGACUGCAGCAGAGCUUGAAGCUGAGGGCAAGGAUGAUCUAGAUUUCUCAUUGAACAUCCUGGUUCUCGGGAAAACAGGGGUGGGUAAAAGUGCAACUAUAAAUUCCAUAUUUGGUGAAAAGAAGUCUCAUAUUGAUCCAUUUGAACCUGGUACUACUGAAGUUAAAGAGAUUGUUGGAAAAGUAGAUGGAGUUACAAUCCGGGUCUAUGACACACCAGGUCUAAGAUCUUCUGUUAUGGAACAAGCUUUCAAUCAGAAGGUCUUAGCUUCUCUAAAGAAGUUGACCAAGAAAAACCCUCUGGAUAUUCUCCUCUACGUUGAUCGAUUGGAUACCCAAACCAGAGAUCUUAAUGAUAUGCCAUUAUUGAGGUCAAUUACUGCUACUCUUGGGUCGGCUAUAUGGAGGAGUGCCAUUGUUACCCUGACCCAUGCUGCUUCUGCACCACCAGAUGGACCAAGUGGGCAUCCCUUAAGUUACGACACGUUUGUUGGUCAACGAUCCCAUAUUGUUCAGCAGUCAGUUGGUCAAGCUGUUGGAGAUAUACGUAUGAUGAAUCCAAGCUUGAUGAAUCCUGUAUCUCUCGUUGAAAAUCACCCUUCAUGUAGAACAAACAGAGAAGGUCAGCAAGUUCUUCCGAAUGGGCAAACAUGGAAACCUCAGUUAUUACUUUUGUGUUACUCUAUGAAGAUUUUAUCAGAGGCAAGUUCCUUAUCCAAACCGCAAGACCCAUUCGAUCACCGUAAACUCUUUGGCUUCCGUGUGCGUGCUCCACCUCUGCCGUACUUGUUGUCCACAAUGUUGCAGUCUCGGGCUCACCCCAAACUUGCAUCCGACCAAGGUAUUGACAAUGGUGAUUCUGAUAUUGAGUUGGGAGAUAUGUCAGACUCUGACCAAGAAGAGGAAGAGGACGAGUAUGACCAGCUUCCACCAUUUAAACCUUUGAGAAAAUCUCAGAUUGCCAAGCUCCGUAAGGAGCAGAGGAAAGCUUACUUUGAUGAGUAUGAUUACCGGGUGAAGCUACUUCAGAAGAAACAGUUGAGAGAGGAGCUUAAAAGAAUGCGGGAAAUGAAGAAGGGAAAGGAUACUCCUGUAGCAGAAGGAGGUUUUAUGGGAGAAGAUGCCGAUCAAGAGAAUGAUGGUCCAGCAGCAGUGCCGGUUCCAUUACCUGAUAUGGUUUUGCCACCUUCCUUCGAUGGAGACAAUCCGGCUUACAGAUACCGAUUUUUGGAGCCAACAUCACAACUUUUGGCAAGGCCUGUUUUGGACAAUCACGGAUGGGAUCAUGAUUGUGGAUAUGAUGGAGUCAGCCUCGAACAAAGUCAAGCAAUUAUGAGUAAGUUUCCUGGAGUGGUUGCUGUUCAAAUCACAAAGGACAAAAAAGAGUUCAACAUCCAUUUGGAUUCAUCAGUUGCUGCCAAGUACGGGGAAAGUGGAUCAACCCUAGCAGGAUUUGACAUCCAAACUAUAGGGAAGCAGCUUGGCUACAUUGUCAGAGGGGAAACCAAGUUCAAAAACUUUAAGAAGAAUAAAACAGCUGCUGGGGUAGCCAUAACUUUUUUAGGUGAGACUGUGACAACGGGGCUCAAAGUUGAGGAUCAGAUUGCUAUUGGAAAACGCCUUAGUUUGGUGGGAAGCACAGGAACUGUUCGGUCACAAGGUGAAGCAGCAUAUGGAGCAAACUUGGAAGUCCGCCUUAAGGAGAAGGACUUUCCAAUUGGGCAAGACCAGUCAACUUUGGGUCUCUCCCUGAUGAAGUGGAGAGGUGAUCUUGCAGUUGGAGGUAACUUCCAGUCCCAAAUUUCUGUUGGGCGGAGUUCAAAGGUGUCUGUACGUGUUGGUUUGAACAACAAGCUCAGUGGGCAAAUCACAGUUAGAACAAGCAGCUCGGAACAGCUUCAGCUCGCUCUUGUGGGCCUACUUCCUAUUGCAGUUUCUAUCUACAAAACCAUCUUUCCUGGUGCUGCUGGUGAUACCUACUCAGCUUACUGAUCUUAUUCUCCCAGUUAUAUUAUGACUGAAAUUUUAUCCAUGGUUUAGGCAGAGUCGGUAUUCUUUUUCAUGUUAUUUUCGAGAAUAUGUUUUAUUUUGCAUUAGAUUGAGAAAUCCUGCAGUUAUUUUUUGCGAAGAAGAAAUUGUUGCAAAAUGUGAGAGGAGAUCGUAUCAUGACAGUCUCAAUAAUGUUUCUGAUGUUCAGUUGCCUUUGAAUCAAUUAAUGAAGUUGUUUAUUAAGUCGGUC